AUGGUGUCGACAAAGCUUCCGCUAGAGUUAGAGGAAGAGAUACUCACUAGGAUUCCACCUCUCUCUCUCCAUCGCUUCAGAGCCGUUUGCAAACAAUGGAACACUCUUUUCGACGAUAAGAUAUUCAUUAACAACCACUUCGCAUGUGCUCGCUCACGCUCAGAAUUCGAGUUCAUGAUAUAUACCGAUUCUAAGAUUUAUUCGGUAAGCUUCGAUCUCAAUGAGGAAGAUCCAAAUAUAAACGUACGUGAGUUGAUGUCAAUGGAUAUUAGCCGUUUAGUAACACUUCCCUGCGAUGGGUUCUUCUACUCAUAUAAAACGGUUAAAACAGCCACGGUUUGGAACCCGUGGUUGAGACGGACUAGAUUGAUUGAGAUCAAUGAAAUGCCUGACUCAUUCCAUAUAUGUGGCAUGGGAUACGAUAGUAGUAGACCAGAAAAGAGUUACAAGCUUGUUGGUUAUAUUUUAUCUCAGCUCGUGAGGUAUGUCAUUUAUGAAUUUGCAAGCAAUUCUUGGAAGUAUUUUGAUGAUGAUGCCCACAACCCAGCAAAACAGGGUAGAUAUUCUUUAUUGUGGUUUAAUAAUGUGUCCAUGAAUGGAAAUUUGUAUUGGAUUUCUAAUUAUUGUUUCGAAACUGGUCGGUGUUUCAUCCGAGUCCUUGAUUGUUCGAAAGAGAUAUUUAAGCCUUUUUGUACUAUACGGUGUAAGAAUAAAGAUUCUUCCCAUAGUCCUGUCCUCGCGGCUUUCAAGGGAGAUCGGUUUUCGUUGCUAGAAGAAUGCAGAAUAACAAGAAAGAUUGAGAUUUGGGUGACAAAGAAGAAAAUUACUAAUGCGGAUGAUGGAGACGAUGUGGAGUGGAUUAAGUUCAUGAGUGUCUCAAUAGCCAACUUUCCCAUAUUGUGGCAUUGUCACACUUCAAGGAUCUUCAGUCUCGGACAACUCUGCUCCGCAGUAACAGCACCGGCGAGUUGUAUCCGCUUCCCACAGCCCAUCUUCCAUAUCAUUCAUCAUCCACAGCUCUCCUUGCUUGCUCGCCAGGAUCUUUGGCACAAACGGCUUGCUCACACCAAUAAUGCCUCUUUGCGUUCAAUUAUUUCUUCUAAGUCUAUCUCUUGUAAUAAUGACAGUCUCUCUUCCUCAUGUAUGGCUUGUCAAUUGGGAAAACAAAUAAAGCUUCCGUUUUUACCUUCUAAUUCCUCAAUUUCAAAGCCUUUUCAAUUGAUUCACUCUGAUCUUUGGACAUCACCAAUUCCAAGUAUGAGUGGUAUCAAAUACUAUGUCUUAUUCCUCGAUCAUCACUCUCAUUUCUUAUGGGUAUAUCCCCUUCGUCGUAAGAGUGAAGUCUUCUCCAAAUUUCGUCAUUUUGAGGCAUACAUCAAAACACAAUUCCAAUCUCACAUUCAAGCUAUUCAAUGUGACAAUGGGGGAGAAUACAAAAAUUCUGAAUUUCUCAAGUAUUUCGAUACCAAAGGAAUUCAGGUUCGCUUCUCUUGUCCUCAUACCUCUCAGCAAAACGGAAAAUCUGAAAGGAUGAUCCGCACCAUAAAUAAUGCAAUCCGUGCUCUUCUAUUCCAAGCAAAACUCUCACCAGUAUAUUGGGUUGAGGCUCUUCAUGUUGCAGUUCACAUUUUGAAUAUUCUCCCCUCUUCAUCCAUUCACAAUCGAAUACCCUUUACCACUCUCUUCAACAGAACACCGACAUAUACUCAUUUGAGAGUAUUUGGAUGCCUUUGCUUUCCCAACCUAAACCACUCAAAUCUUCCCAAACUGUCUCCGAGAUCCACACCUUGUCUUUUUUUGGGAUAUCCAUCUCAGCAUCGAGGAUACAGGUGUUUGGAUCUCAAAACCAAUAAAAUAAUCAUUUCCCGUCAUGUCUUCUUUGAUGAAACCAUUUUCCCAGCUGCUGUUACAACCAACAACACCACGUCUUAUCACUUUCUCGAUAUCGACGAUGAACCUUCCCCUGUUUUUAAAGAAAUUCUUCAGACUCCAUCACUUCCUCCUUCCACAGCUCCUCCACAGCCCUCAAUUCCUUCCCUGCCUACUGUAACUCCUCCGAGUGUUCCAAACCCACCUGGACACUCAAUGCAAACCAGGAGUAAACAUGGCAUUCGUAAACCAAAAACACAUUUCUCUCUUCUCACAACUGUUUCACCCAUUCCAAACUCUCAUAUCCAAGCUCUUUCUGAUCCUAAUUGGACACCAGCCAUGACUGAUGAGUAUGAUGCCUUUAUUAAGACCAAGACAUGGGAUCUUGUACCUAGACCUACGGAUACUAACAUUGUGAGAUGUAUGUGGAGAUAUACACAUAAACUUGAUGCAGAUGGAUUUUUGAAUCGCCACAAAGCACGUUUGGUGGCCAAUGGGAAAUCACAGGAGGAAGGCAUUGACUACAACGAGACUUUCAGUCCUGUUGUUAAACCAGGAACGAUACGAGCGGUCCUCGAUGUGAGUCUUGCACGUGACUGGCCGAUACAUCAACUAGACGUGAAAAACGCUUUUCUGCAUGGCGAACUUGAUGAAACGAUCUAUAUGCACCAACCGCCUGGCUUCACAGACAAGCAAUUUCCCAAUCAUGUGUGUCGACUCCGUAAGGCCAUAUAUGGCCUAAAACAGGCUCCGAGGGCAUGGAAUUCUCGUUUUGCGAAAUAUGUCACUGAUCUUGGUUUUGUCUGCAGCAAAAGCGAUCCUUCUCUGUUUAUUUACAGGAAAGGAAAUAAGCAGGCAUAUCUCCUUCUAUAUGUUGACGACAUACUCUUGACAGCCUCAGACAAAGUGUUUCUCCAACAGAUAAUCGAUUCGUUGAAGAAAGAAUUUCCCAUGUCAAAGUCCGGAAAAUUACAUUACUUCCUCGGUGUUAAGGCUGACUUUGUCAAUGGUGGAAUUUUCCUGUCACAAAAGGCAUAUGCAGAGGACAUUAUCAGGCGAGCAGGCAUGGAAGAUUGCAAACCUUGCUCCACGCCAGUGGAUCUCAAAUCCAAGUUAUCAAGUGAUUCUGGUGAACUAAUUCCCAACCCGACACAAUACCGUCAACUGGCCGGUGCACUGCAAUAUCUCACUUUUACUCGCCCAGAUAUCUCUUAUGCAGUAAAUCAGAUUUGUCUCUACAUGCAUGCUCCACGUCAACCACACUAUCAAGCACUGAAGCGCAUCAUUCGGUACAUAAAAGGGACAAAAGGCCAUGGCUUACAGCUGCUGAAAGGCAAGGUUGAUCAGCUAACUGCAUAUACUGAUGCGGACUGGGGCGGAUGUCCAGACUCACGACGAUCAACAUCUGGUUACUGUGUUUAUUUAGGAGGUAACUUGGUUUCCUGGUCCUCUAAAAGGCAACAAACAGUGUCCCGUUCAAGUGCUGAGGCAGAAUAUAGAGGAGUUGCCAAUGUUGUUGCUGAGCUAUGUUGGAUUCGUAACUUACUUCUUGAACUUGGCUGCCCGAUCACCAAGGCCUCUCUUGUCUAUUGUGACAAUAUAAGUGCCGUCUACCUUUCUCAUAAUCCGGUCAAACACCAACGAACGAAACAUGUUGAGCUGGAUAUUCACUUUGUUCGUGAGAAGGUAGCUAUUGGCCAAGUCAAGGUAGUUCACGUUCCUUGCUCUCUACAAUAUGCAGAUAUAUUCACUAAAGGACUUCCAACAAAGCUCUUCGAGGAUUUUCGUUCCAGCUUGACCGUCAGGAGUCCCGACGCUCCAACUGCGGGAGGGUGA